UUUCGGGUUUCAUCAACAGUAUUUAACUGGUGCAAAGGAAACACACUUGCAAAGUGUCUCCUGUUGACGUGCCAGAUUCCCCUGGUAGUUCACACAAUGUUCAAUAGACCCAAGUCCCUUGCUUCAGAAUACAAGAGAGAAUUCUUUUCCCAAGGAGGUACCCAGUCCACACUGAAGAAUGAUAUGAGAAAUUUUCACUUUUUGUCACAAAUUGUGCUUGCGGCAGGCCCUUUAAAAUCAACUCCAGUGGCUAAACGUUCAAAAGCUGCUCACUUUGAGAUUGAAAUACUUGAUGCUCAAACAAGAAAGCAGAUAUGUAUUGUGGAUAAGGUGAUGCAAACAUCUACUAUUCAUGAUGUUAAGCAAAAAUUUCACAAAGCAUGUCCUAAGUGGUACCCUUCCCGAGUUGGCCUGCAGCUAGAACGUGGUGGGACUUUUUUGAAGGACUAUGUAACUAUUCAAAGUAUUGCAGCUUCCUCCAUUGUCACACUCUAUUUUACAGACCUAGGUCAACAGGUCAGUUGGACUACAGUGUUUUUGGCUGAAUACACAGGACCUCUGUUGAUAUAUCUACUCUUUUACUUGAGAAUCCCAUAUAUAUAUGACAUAAAAGAGAGCUCUAAAAGAUUAUGCCACCCAGUGGUACACUUGGCUUGCUUCUGUCACUGUAUACACUAUAUCCGAUAUCUUCUGGAAACCUUAUUUGUUCACAAAGUUUCUGCAGGACAUACACCUUUGAAAAAUUUGAUACAGGGCUGUGCCUUUUAUUGGGGAUUCACUUCUUGGAUUGCCUACUACAUUAAUCACCCAUGCUAUACACCACCAUCAUUUGGAAACAGGCAAGUCACAAUAUCUGCUAUAAAUUUUCUGAUCUGUGAAGCUGGAAAUCAUUUCAUCAAUGUAGUGUUGGCUCAUCCCAAUCACACAGGAACAAAUGCCUGUUUUCCAAGUCCAAAUUAUAAUCCCUUCACAUGGAUGUUUUUCCUAGUUUCAUGUCCUAACUACACCUAUGAGAUUGGAUCAUGGAUUAGUUUUACUGUCAUGACACAAACACUGCCAGUUGGAAUUUUUACACUUCUGAUGAGUAUCCAGAUGUCUUUGUGGGCACAAAAGAAACAUAAGAUUUAUCUGAAGAAAUUUAAUUCUUAUAUGCGUAGGAAAUCAGCAAUGAUUCCAUUCAUAUUGUAA